CUGUGUGUAUUGAUAAAAGAUAAAUCCAUAAUUCUCCGUUCAACUCCAGCGGGAGCGAAAGGAGUGAUGGCAGUGAUGCCAUUGCCAACAACCACUAUCGCUUCUUCUGCAAACGUUCUGAAAGCUGGCGGUGCGCAAUUGCUUUGGUCCUUUUCAAAAUGCACUCGAUUUCAAACUCCUCCUCGUCCCCUCGCAUUCCACUCGCUUCCCCUUUUCUCCGCUGAUAACAUCAGAAGAAGACGAAGAAGCGUGCGAUGGCUUCCCUCCUUCUGCACGGAGGCGGCGACUCCAGUGAGCGUGGCCGCCGGCGCUGACGAUAAUGUUGAGGACGAUGGUGAGAAGAAGAUGAGGAUGAUAAAGGAAGCGGCGGAUACGCUGGACAUAAGGGUCGGCCGCGUCCUUAGGGCGUGGAGGCAUGAGGAGGCUGACUCCCUUUACGUGGAGGAGGUCGAUGUUGGCGAGCCUGAGCCCAGAAUCAUCUGUAGCGGCCUCGUCAAUUAUGUUCCCCUUCACCACCUUCAGGAUAGAAAUGUUGUUGUUCUUGCUAAUCUGAAGCCGAGGAACAUGCGUGGUGUCAAGUCAUGUGGAAUGCUUAUGGCUGCUUCAGAUGCAUCACAUGAGAAUGUUGAGCUUCUUGUGCCUCCUGAGGGUUCACUUACUGGUGAAAGAAUAUGGUUUGGCUCAGAAAACGAAAAAGAAAGUCAACCUGCCGCUGCCACACCCAAUCAGAUUCAAAAGAAAAAGAUUUGGGAAUUGGUGCAACCUCAUCUUAAGACAGACGCUUCUUGUACUGCUAUGCUUGGGGUCCAUGUAAUGCGGACAUCUGCAGGUGUAGUCUCCACGUCUUUGAAGAAUGCAAAUAUCUCAUGAUCGAAUGGGCGGCGUCUGACUGUUGGCACAGCUUCUUAACACCUAAUAUCCGAGCUGGCAUAUGGUUUUUUUUUUUAUUUAUUUUUUAAUAUAUAUUUUGUAAACGAAUGAUGUAAUUCCUAGUUUCUAACAAUCUAUUUCUAAAAUUUUGAGGAUCAA